AUGACGGAAAUGCAAGAGCUCAGUGAUAAACUUCAUUCAGUACUAAAGAUUACGGAAGAAGCACCAACCGGAUCGCCGUCUGCUUAUCUUGCCGACUCGGUAGACCGUUCGGAUUCUGAUGCUACAGAAGACAGAGCACAAUGGAGAGAGUUCGAUCGUUUUAUGGACAAACAAGCUAAGGAACGUCCUUAUCCGAAAUACCUAUACCGAGCUCAUGUUCACGGCCACCCGUUCCCUCGAUUGCCGGAUGUUUUCGAAGGAGAUAGUGAUAGCUUCGGUUCUGACUAUCAUCUUUGGUGUGAAAAUAACGCAGUAUCGCCGAUACUCGUGCCCAUAGACGACCCGAUGGAUAUUUCUACCGUCGAAGACUUCUUCUAUGAGCUAAGUCUUCAUCUAGGGAAGACCAGCUUCAAUCUCCCGCCAAGAGAUGAUGACGAGCAACCGUUUCGAUCUUCCCUUGUUUCUCUUAGCGGCGACUUCUGUUGGACAACGCAAAGAAUCUGUAGAAUUGGUAGGAUAACAAACAAAAAGAAAGACCAAUUACCUGGCCUGGCCAUCUUCAAAUCUUCAACGAUAGGCUCUAGUGGUGUGCGUGUCUGGCGGGUAGAGGAUAUGCUCUCAUACUUGGACAAAAGACUUGGAAAGAACUCCGUUCAUAUUUCUCCAGAUCUCCGCCGCUGGGCCACCAAUGCCGAUGAAUUUGUUUGUUGGAGCCUUGUCCCUCGGGACGCAUUGGUUGCCUUUACUCCCUUACCUGGUCUGAUCAAAGCGCUCGAUGGCAGAAAGAAGGCUUUCUUGACGAAAGAGUUUGUGGACUCCAACUACCUGGGCGAUUUCAGGCGACUUCCUCUGGUACAUAUCUCUCGGAGAGAGUAUGCAGAUAGAGCAUCAGAAUUUGUACGCAACAUCAUCACUAAUGUUUCCUCUUUGGAGGAGGCGAAGCAGCUGUGUAUGCAUAUGAAAGAGGUUCUGUCAAACCCCUAUACAUGGGGCUACGAGGUUGCGCGCUCUGUCAAAGGCUUGGACGAAGCAAUCUCAGGGCUUUGGAAACAGCCUUAA